CCGGUGCGAAGCCGUCGCGGGGCUGCCCGCGCUUACGGGGCGGAGGCGGCGGCGGGGCCUCGCCAUGAGGAUGAUCGAGAGCGUCGAGUCCGCGGUCGCCAGGCCCAGCGAAGACCUGUGGGCCGAAAUCUGCCCCUGCCUGCCCCAUCCCGACCAGAGGGACUCCGGCAAUGCCUUCACCGACUCCUUCCUGGAUUCCUGCACCGACGGAGGCAGCCAGGGCCGCGGAGCCGGCGGCUCUUCCCCAGCCAGCCUGAAGCCCUGGGCACCCCUGCACGAUUCAGAGGUGUAUUUAGCAUCGCUGGAGAGAAGACUGAUGAGGAUCAAAGGCCUGUCUCAGGAGGUGACCUCCAAGGAGAUGCUGCACACUCUCUCCCAGGCCAAGAAGGAGUGCUGGGACAGGUUCCUGCAGGAGAAGUUUGAGUCUGAAGUUUAUGUAGAGGGACACGACUCGGAUGAGAGCACACUGGAGCACCUGAGGAGGUGGCUGCAGCCCGACAAGGUGGCCAUCAGCAGGGAGGAGGUGCAGUGUCUCCUGCCCCUGGAGCCCCAGCUGGAGAAGCAGGAGAUGGAGGAAGAGCCUCCGGCUGCGGAGCAGUGAGAUGCACCCCGGCCAGCCCAGAGAGCUGCCCCUGAGGAAGCUGUGUCCAGCCACAGGAAUAACAGGAGGGUGGGGUGGGGAGGGCAGAAGUGCCAAUUGUCAGUCAUUUAAAACCCACAAACAACCCCAACCCACAGGAAACAACCCCAGCUCUGCAGCUCCAGAGACUCUGCUGGGCCUUUGCCAGCGCCUGCUGAACCCGCCUGGCUCUGACCUUCUCCCAGCCUGUGGCAGCCACAUCAUUCCAGUCUGAAUGGGAAUAGUCUGUAAUUCACCAGAAGACCUGCUAAACAGACAAAAAGCCCACAGUUGUUCAGAAGCAUCCUAAACCAGGAUGGUUUAGAACAGAUCAAACCACUGAAUCAGGUUGUCUUCCUGUCUUGUACCUUUUUAACUUCUCAUUAGGGCAUUUUUUCCUCUCCUGCAAAGCCCACUGGUGUUUUCUGUAGCUGAUCACUAUUUAAGGUGCAGCUGGCCCCAAGUUGUCCCUGGAGGAAGAUAUUUUUCCCCCGAGAUGGAUUUGGAACCCUGAAGGCAGCUCUCUGCAAUCAUUAGAUGGCUGUUUUCAUUGACAUUGUCCCCGUUUCACAUUCCUCUGCCCCCCUCCAAUAUCCCACUUUAUUGGCCAAACCUGCUACAGAACACACUGGACAGGGAGUAUUUUUUUUCUCUCCUUGCUCAUUUUGUACCUGUAUCUCCUUCAGCCUCUCCAGAAGAGGGUCAGAGGAGGUUCUGUAUCAGGAAACCAGGCUCCAUCACCAGGGAGGUGACAGCUCAUUCUCCUGGCAGGCUUGCCUAGAAUUACCUGACUUUAAAUCUGUUCUAGCUUUUAAUCAUUUUUGAUCCCGUUUAACUGCAGAGUUUAACAACCUGCAGAGGGUUAUUUCCUGUUACUAAUGGGAGGGCUGUGCCCUGCCCUGGUGUCAGACUGGCCCUGUGCUCUCUGCCUGGGCAGUGACAGGGCUGGUGGGCUGAGCCAGCAGGGCAGAGCUGGCAGGGGCAGCCCCGGUAGCUCCUGCACCCUGAGAACCACAGGAUCAGUGCUGAGGGGGAAGGGACCCAUCAGGGUCCAACUCCUGUCCCUGUGUAGGGCACCCACACCACAUGCCUGACAGCAUCAUCCAAACACCUCCUGAGCUCAGGCAGGUUGGUGCUGUGACCACUGCCCUGGGGAGCUGGUUCCAGUGCUCAACCACCCCCUGGGUUAAAAACCUUUUCCUGAUGUCCAGCCCAAACCUCCCCUGAUGCAGCUUCCUGCCAUUUCCCCAACUCACACCGUGUUCUUCAUGUACCUGUAUGAAAAUACAUUUUAAAAAGUCUCCUCCUGCCAGAGCUUCCUUGUUUCCUGUAUGAUUCCCAGUGGUGCUUCAAACUCUCUCCUGGACAGUUGCUUUGUGGGAGCUUCUCCCAUGGUGCCAGGACUUGGGGCUGGUCUGCAGGCCUGGCUCUGUCUGCAGGACCCCCCAGGCUCCUGCCCACAGCUCCUCACCCUGCUGGAACACACACUGGAGAUCUGAGCAUUACAGAGAAUUACCUGCACGAGGAUGGUUUGGGACUUGCCAGUCUCGUGUCUUGUUGUCAUCCUUUAAAUGUCCCUUUUCAUUUAUCUCUAAAAAUGAGUCUGCUUCCCUGUCCCCAGUGCUGCAAGUCUCUCACCUGUGACAUCAAGCUGGAACAAAGAUGUUUCUGAGUAUUGACCAGAAACUGUGUGUACCAGGAGAGAAAGAUGCAAUUUCCCUGUCGAUAUCAAGGCUGUUUUGUAGUCAAUACAUUUCCUUCUCCUGAUUAGCAGUGACUGUGAAGAGGCUUUAUAUUAUCUUGUCUGUUCCCAUUAAAGAUAUUUGAGAAAGAAA